CACCUGAUCCAACGUCAAGCACUGGACACAUUUUAGGCAAACGAGUAGGUACAAGUGUGAUGGUUGGAUCCUUCAAUAUAUCAGAACAGGGAGACGGAACUUUUCCUGAUCUAAAUCGGAUUGUUUCUGCUGUGCUUAAUUCUUUUGGAGUCUCAAGAUCUGGAAGUGGUGGUGAGGGGAUUGAUCUUAAU